AGCUCCAUUUUUUCCAUCCUCUAAUGGUUUCAUGACACUCUUCCCUCCCAAAUAAAGCCUCUCCUCCCUUACCCCCAACACAAAUAAUAACAAUAAUAAUAAAAAAAAAACAACAAACAUAGAAAAAAAAAAAAACAGAAAAUAAAGACGUUGUAACUAACUUAACUAACUAAAUUUUUUGGGGCAGGAUGGCCUUGUCCCUUCUCUCUCUCCUGGGCCUCCUGUCUACGAUCCUCCUCCGUCCCGACGCCGCGGGCGCCAUCCGGGUCCCGCGGCCGGUCUCGGCCGUGCCCUCGUUCCGGGAGGCUCCCGCCUUCCGCAACGGGGCGGCAUGCAGCUCCCAUGCAAUCCACGUGGUGAUGCCCCUCGACACCAACUACAUCCGCGGCACCAUGGCCGCCGUGCUGUCGAUCCUGCAGCACUCGACGUGCCCGGAAAACGUGUCGUUCCACUUCCUCUCCGUCCACCUCGACGCCGAGAUCUCCUCCCUCAUCAACUCCACCUUCCCCUUCCUCACCUUCAAGAUGUACCAAUUCGACCCCAUUAGGGUUCGAGGCAAGAUAUCCAAGUCGGUGCGGCAAGCCCUCGACCAGCCGCUGAACUACGCGAGGAUCUACAUGGCCGACAUCCUGCCGGCGGGGGUCCGCCGCGUGAUCUACCUCGACUCCGACAUCGUGGUGGUGGACGACAUCGCGAAGCUGUGGGGGGUGGAUUUGGGGGGGAAGGUGCUGGCGGCGCCCGAGUACUGCCACGCCAACUUCACGAGCUACUUCACGGAGGCGUUCUGGUCGGACGGGCGGCUGGCGGCGGCGUUCGAGGGGCGGAGGCCGUGCUACUUCAACACGGGGGUGAUGGUGGUGGACGUGGAGCGGUGGCGGAGGGGAGGGUACACGAGGAAGGUGGAGGGGUGGAUGGCGGUGCAGAAGCGGAAGAGGAUCUACCACCUGGGGUCGCUGCCGCCGAUCUUGCUGGUCUUCGCCGGAAACAUCAAGGGGGUGGACCACAGGUGGAACCAGCAUGGGUUAGGGGGUGACAACUUGGAGGGGAGGUGCAGGGGGCUCCACCCGGGCCCGAUCAGCUUGCUGCAUUGGAGCGGCAAGGGGAAGCCGUGGCUCAGGUUGGACUCGAGGAGGCCGUGCACGGUCGACUACUUGUGGGCCCCGUACGACCUGUACCGGUCGUCGCGGGUCGCCUUGGAGGAAUGAUGGGGGGGUGGGGGCGUGAAUUGAAACCUAUAUACAUGCAUCUCUGUUUUUCAAAGCGGUCUUCUCUCUAUGUGUAUAUGAUCAGAGGACGAGGACGUGGACGUGGACGAAAACGGUGUCGGUAUAUGAAUAGAGGAUGGGUGGAAUGGAGUUGGAUUGUGUUGAAUGAGUGAUUUUGAACUCUCGUGCACCCUGUCGCCGGACGACGGACGGGCAUUAUGUAUGUAAACGUGCAGCUUCGGAUUAAAUCGUGUAAUAUAAUGUGUUCGUCUCGUGUUCGUGUUCAUGUUCGUGUGCAGUCGCUUUCUUGUAUGGGUCACUAGGAGAAAUUCUAGGGUGUAAAUCAUGCAAUUUGGGAUGAAUUUGGAGAUAUCUAAAAGGGUGCAUGCGAAAAGGAAGAAGAAAGAAAUUUGGCCAUCUCAAAUUUUGUUUAAUUAAUAUUCCCUAUUCCUAUGAUCA